AAUACACAAAGUUUUUAAUAAUUAAAAAAAUACGGCUUUUCUUCUGAUUGGUCACAUCUUAUAAAUAUUUUGAAAGAUUUGGCUGAUGCACCAAUCACACCCCUACAUUUUUAAAUCAGUGUAACACCCACAAUAAUACAAGUCAUCCACACCUAACCUAACCAAACCCGUAAUUGCCCUGUUGUCUCUUUCAAAGUGUGUGUUAAUAAACCAUUAGCUUGUCUAUUAAUUAGUCCUUGGUUUUUAACAGGUUUGGUUGAAUUGUCCAAAAAUGAGUUCUGAACUUGAUAAAUCGCAACAUAUCCUGCCCUUGGACCAACCCAUUGUCACCCUAGAAGUUGCCUCAGCAUUUAAAGGUCUAACCGACACUGAGAAAAAAUACGCUCAUCAUAUAAGUGAAGCUUCCUGGACAGGGGGCCUAAUAACCUUUUUGCAAACAAGUUCAGAAUCAGGACCCAUUUUUGUCCUUUUACAUAAAUUAUUCUCAGGUCAUAAGCCUCAAGAGUUUAAAAAGACAGCUCUUCAAGCUGGAUUUACUGAAGAUGAAGCUAAGGCUCUUUUGAUUUACACUUGUGGGGUUUUCAGUAAUGCGGGGAAUUAUAAGGGUUUUGGGGACUCAAAAUUUGUCCCGGGAAUUCCACAAGAUAGGCUUGAAUCGCUCCUUGCAGCCACUCCUGUAUGGCCAAAAAUCAAAGAAUUGUGGUCAAAAGUGAAGGACGCUAUGUAUGAUCUUAGUCCUGGUAAAACAUGUCUAGGAUAUGCUCCUCAUGGAUGCACAACCUACUUGUCAAAAAACUGCACUCCUGAGGAUAAUCAAAGAGUUCAAGACUGGAUGAAAACUCAAAACAUUGAAGGUUAUAAUACGCGUUUAUUUAAAACGGUGCUCCCAGAUGGAAAGAUUGAUUACGAAAUUCGGUUGGCUUCAAAAGAGACCGGCGAAAUCACUAAAGAAACCUAUGGAAAUAUGACGUUUCGCUUAACUAAAGGCGACUAUUCGCCGAUUAUUGGAAAAGUCGCCGAAAGUCUAGAAGAAGCAUCAAAAUACGCUGCCAGUGUUACUCAAGCUAAUAUGUUAAAAUCUUACGCUCAGUCGUUCAUUACGGGUUCUCUGGACCUUCACAAAGAUGGUUCUCGCUACUGGAUUAAAGAUAAAGGACCAGCUGUGGAAACCUAUAUUGGCUUCAUUGAAACCUACAGAGAUCCAGCUGGAAUUAGAGGCGAAUUCGAAGGGUUUGUCGCCAUUGUUAAUCGCGCAAUGUCGGCGAAAUUUACAACUUUAGUCUCCAAAGCUGAGGAAUUUUUACCUCUAUUGCCUUGGCCUAAAGGGUUCGAAAAAGACAAGUUUUUGAGGCCCGAUUUUACUUCGCUUGAUGUUCUUACGUUUGCGUCAAGUGGAAUACCGGCCGGCAUCAACAUUCCUAAUUACGACGAUAUCCGGCAAAGCGAAGGUUUCAAAAACGUCUCCCUAGGAAACGUCAUCCCAGCAAGUUAUCAAAUGACUGUGAUUCCAUUUUUGAACGAAUCUGAUACACAAUUGAUCCAAAAAUAUCGCGUGGCUUCCUUUGAAUUACAGGUGGGCCUUCAUGAAUUGUUGGGUCACGGUUCCGGCAAACUAUUUUACCGUGCAGCUGACGGAACGUUUAAUUAUCCAAACACCCUCUUGGACCCCUUCACGGGGAAACCCCCAUCUACGUACUAUGAACCUGGAGACACCUACGAUUCGCGUUUUGGCCCUAUGAGCUCUUCUUACGAGGAAUGCCGAGCUGAAGCGGUCGGUUUAUAUUUAAGUCUCGAACCGGCGGUGUUACAAAUUUUCGGUCACAAAGGCAAAGAAGCUGAGGAUGUGCUUUAUGUGAAUUGGUUGUCUUUAGUUUGGAACGGCAUAGGCCGAGCUUUGGAAACUUGGGAUCCUAAACGAGGUUGGCUCCAAGCCCACGCCCAGGCUCGAUUCGUGCUAGCGCGAGUUUUGAUUCAAGCCGGUGUUGCAAGUGUCACACAGCCCAGCGAAGGUGAUCUGUUAGUCACUCUAGAUCGUGCUGCGUUGAAAGGUGCCGGUCGGAGUGCCAUCGCUCAUUUUCUUCUACAACUGCAAGUUUACAAAGCAACAGCGAAUAUUGAAGCAGCUCAGAAUUUGUAUCAGCAUUAUUCCGAAGUGUGUGAGCCGUGGUUGAGUUGGCGAGCGAUUGUCUUGGCUAAUAAACAACCUAGGAAAAUUUUUGCACAGGCUAAUACAGUACUGACUAAAUCAAACAUUGAAUUGAAAACAUAUGAAGAAUCCCCUGAUGGGAUGAUUCAGUCCUGGACUGAAAGAUUCUCGAAUCCGGAACCUCUCUAUAAGGCUUUGAUAGAUUUAAGUGCCUCUGACGAGCACUAUUUUAUUUAAUUUUUGCUAGAAAUUAAUUGGUAGAUUAUGUACUAUGCUUUAUAUACAUUAAAAUGUUUUUUGCACGUUAAAA